ACAGUUUCUCCACUACGUCGCUCUGAAGGGAGUGCAGAAUAAUUCUUCCUCUAUAACUUUACAAUCUUUUAUUGUCAGUGUUUCUUAAUUGUGCCCUGAACCGUCCUCACUGUCUGUUUUCUAUCCGUACUUUAAACCGAUUUAUUGUGUUUCUUCGGGCCUCGCUCAGGACUGGCAGCUCCAGAAAAAAGGGUGCUUAACUCUCUUUAAUUUUGUUGAUGGAAAUUCACAAGUAGCAAAGUUUUCUGAAGAUGGAAAAAGGAUACCAACCACAGGAUUCAGCUCCACCAUACCCUGGGCCACCUUUGAACUAUGGGGGUGCCAUGCCCCCUCAGCCUGGGAUGUACCCUCAGCCUGCUCAGCCUGGGAUGUACCCUCAGCCUGCUCAGCCUGCUGGAUACCAGACAGGUGCCCCUUUGGCUCCAGCCAUGGCUUCACCUUCCACAACAGUGACUCACGUGGUAGUAACACCUACACUCUAUGGUGUCCCAGGACAAACUGUGUGUCCUCACUGCCAGCAGACAGUGAUCACCAAAACAGAACACACACCAGGCCUGAUGACCUGGGCCAUUUGUGGUGGACUCGCCAUCUUUGGGUGUUUUCUUUGCUGCUGCAUCCCGUUCUGCGUUGAUUCCUGUCAAGAUGUAGAGCAUCGCUGUCCUUCCUGCCACAAUGUCAUCUAUGUCUACAAGCGAAUGUGAAACUAUCCUGACUUUGACUGCGGGCAAAUAACUCAUUGUUUAUCUGUAGCCUAGCCGAUUAAUAGCCUUACUUGCUUUACAACAAUACGAUGUUUUGAUACUAAUCAAAAUAACAAUCAUUGCACUUAUUUCAAUGAGGCAUUACACUGUGGGGUAUUACAGUAUAUUCAGCAAUCAGUGAGACUUUAUUAAACAAGAUAUAAACCAACAAACACACCAAUAAAUAAAAAAACACUGACAGCCUUUUUAGACAUUUUCCUCUUGUCUUUUCAUUGUCAUUUUUUAUUGCUUGACUGACCGACUUUAAACUAUUCUUCUGUCAACUUGCUGCCUGCCUUCUCAUGCAGAUGCACAAGGUACCCUUGAGUGUUUGUAUGACCAAACUGUGACAGUUUUACAACAUUAACCACAUGUCAGACAGGUUUUCUGGCAGGAAGCCUUGCAGGUUGUACACAGAUGCAAAAGGGAGCCUUGUGUACACGUCGGACAUGCUGAAGAGCGUGACUCAGAGGAAUCAGUAUUUCAUGACCUGGGAUGAGAAGGUGUUGGUAUUAUCCUCUCUUGGAAAAGGAUACACAUGGAAAUGUCACUAGUUUUGUUGGUGUUUGGUCACAAACAGUAUUAAGCAAAAUGAAAGGUAAGCUGAACAAAGUUAUUGGGACCCUGGACAUUUGUCCCAAAUUUCAUGGCAACCCAUCCAAUAGUUGCCCAGAAAGUUCCCAAAACAUUUGUCAUGGCAUCAAUCUUGUGGUAGCACAAGAGGAAAAGACAAGCUCAUUCCUUAAGUUUCUGUCAAGUUUUCCGCACUUCCUAAUCAACCUGAUGUGUUUCACCUGUGCCCUAUUGUCCACCUGCUCCUCCCUAUUGAUUCCAGUUGCCAUUCCCCUUUCUCUUGCCAGAUAAUCUUCAUCCCAUGUGUGUUGUUAUCCAGCGUUUUCUUGUGAUUCCUGUAUUCCUUGUGUAUGGCCACUUUUGGAUUUUGACCAUUCUCUCUGCCUUUGCCUUUGGAUACCUUGUGAUUGAUUUGUUGCAUGUACUAUUGUUGUCUGAAGAGACAUUAAAUCCUCUCAAACUCCU